AUGGGUGAUUUUGAACAAUUCGAAGAUACUAUUGGUCAAAUUUUACGAGAUGUCAUGCCAUUAUAUGAACAACUGCAUGCCUAUGCUCGAGGUCGUCUAUGUGAAAUCUAUCCAAAUCGUUUUAAUUGCAAUGGACCUAUUCCAUCUCAUAUUCUCGGUAGAUUCAUUUUUUGUCAAAUACGACAGAAAGAACUUCUGUAUCAAUAA